UGUUGUGAAAAAACGAAACAUCUAAGCCAAACCAUUCUCUUUGAAUUUGAGCUUUGCAAUGAAUUUUCUACUUCUUGUGCUUCUCUUUCUCGCCAUUUUUUCCCUCUUAAAAGUUCUCCAUUCAGUGAUAUGGGUUCCUUUGAGAAUCCAAAACCACUUCCGGAAACAAGGCAUUCGGGGCCCCGGAUACCGAUCCAUAUUCGGAAACACCGCGGAGGUCCGUAGCAUUACGGCCCGAGCGCUUUCGAAGCCAAUGGCGCUUGAGCAUGACAUUGUUCACCGGGUGACUCCUCACAACUACGAGUGGUCAGCCAUUUACGGGAAGACAUUCAUGUUUUGGUUCGGAACAACACCCAGGUUGGUUAUAUCCGACCCGGAUGUGAUCAAGGAGGUCCUAAUGAAUACGGGUCACGUGUAUGAAAAAACCGGUUUUGGCCCUACCGCCAAACUCUUCUUUGGAGACGGACUACUUACGCUGGUGGGUGACAAAUGGGCUUUCCAUAGAAAGAUCACAAACUAUGCCUUUAGGACAGAGCAAGUUAAGAGUUGGGUGCCGGAGAUUGUUGGAAGUAUCAAAAAGAUGCUGGAGAAGUGGGAGGCAGAGAGAGCAGAAAGAGAUGAAUUUGAGAUUGAUGUUCACAAAAAACUUCAUGACCUCUCCGCAGAUAUUAUAUCAAGAACCGCUUUUGGAAGCAGUUUUAAGGCAGGCAAGAAAAUCUUUGAAUUGCAAGAGCAGCAGCAACACCUUGCACGCCAAGCAGUAAGCACUGUCUACAUUCCUGGCUUCAGGUUUUUGCCCACUAAGAAGAACAGAGAGAGAUGGAGAUUAAAUAAACAAACCCGGGAAUCGAUUCAGACGCUGAUCGAGCACAACAUCAAGGCAGGAGAAAAAUCAAGAAAUUUUCUGACUUCUUUAUUGUCUCCUCAUAAGAACAAUAAAGAUGAAGAAGUGAGAUUAACAAUGGAUGAAAUUAUAGAGGAAUGCAAGACAUUUUACUUCGCAGGAAAAGAAACAAGCGCUAAUCUUCUAACAUGGGCACUUAUCCUUCUUGCGCAGCAUCAAGAUUGGCAAACCAAAGCUAGGGAAGAAAUCUUAAGAAUUUACAAACACAACGAGCCUCCCACAGCAGCACAUUUACAUGAACUUAAAAUAGUGAGCAUGAUUCUGAAUGAAACGCUUAGACUCUACCCUAUAGGCAUUGCAAUUCUGAGGAGUACACUGAAAAGAGUAAAGCUUAGGAACAUAGACAUACCUGCUGAUACACAGCUCUAUUUGGCCAUGACUAGUGUACACCAUGAUACCAAUAUAUGGGGAGUAGAUGCAGACAAAUUUAACCCUUUGAGAUUCACGGAGUCUCGAAGGCAUUUAGCUUGGUUUUUCCCAUUUAGUUUUGGUCCUAGAAUCUGUGCUGGACAAAGUUUAGCUUUGGCAGAGACAAAGAUUGCUUUGGCUGUGAUGAUUCGGCAGUAUUGUUUUUCGUUGUCGCCGACCUAUGUUCAUGCGCCAAUGUUGUUUAUGACUUUGCAACCUCAAUACGGUGCACCACUCCUUGUGAGGAAGAUUUUUUACUGAACAAUUUGAAUCAACCUGCAAUGCACUGAUCUCUAAUUGUUCGAUAAUAUUUCUGUCUCUUUCCCUUAAAUUAUUAUUUUUUUUAAUUUCUAUAUAUUUUUGUUGGUAAAGAGUACUUAUGAUUAAGAUAGGAAUAUGGGUUAGAGAAAAUAUGUCACGAUUUGGACAUGGUAUUUGUUAGGAUUAAGAUAUUUAGCAACUAAUCACUGCCGAUGAUUUAUGAUAUCUCUCCCUUCUAAAUUUUAAUUAAGGUGUAUGUAUAUUAGACUCCAUUUAAAUAUGUUAUUUUAUGUUUCUCCAAAUUGCAUAUGGUUUUGCAUAGAGAUAUAAUUGACCAACAUAAAUAUAUCGUAUUACAUCAAAUGGAGUAGUAUUAAUGUAUAUCCUCAAAUUAAAAUUAUGUCUUGACACCUAAGUAAUCUGUUUAAGAAUAAACAAUAAAAAAGGCUUGAAUCUAGCAAAGCAAAGCAAUUAACUUAUCGGAAGCACUUAACAAAGCGCUUACAAUUUACUAAAACACCUGAGUUUUCACAUCUUUAUUUUUUUAAAAUAAAUAUGUGCUUGGAUACCUUUGACUUCAUUUGACUAAUCCUUGUUACCUUUAAU